AUGGCGACCUUCCCACCCGACUUCCGCAUGCUGAGGGGUGACAGCAAGCGACGCACCAUCACGAUCCCCGUCCCGAAGUCCUUCUGGUCGGAGGCAGACAUCACGCAGGACGCGCUGCGACAGAAAGCCGUCGGAUUCAACUGUCUGGGCAGCGACCCGCCGGAAGGGUCGUUGCAGCGACACUCGCUCCCGUCCAAGGCCUUCCUCGAUCGCAUCGAGACUCGAGCGACCACCGUAGCCACGUGGCGUUUCCGAGCUUGGUGCAGGACGGUGUUUGUCCCGACGGCUAUCCCUGGCGACUCCCCACGCUUCUGUACGAGGUACUCGUGGCAAACGACGGUGUUUGCCAACCGCUCGGGGUCUUUCGCGUUGGCCAACGGUGGUCCCACCGGACGCGGCUACCACGGCGACUUCAUGUCGGCCUGGGACCUCUCGUUGUUGCAGUCGGCCGGAGAACAGUGCACCAACCCUAGCGGCAACAUCUCCGCAUGCAGCUUGUUCGACGUCGAGAGCAAGCCGUGUCAAUUUGCACUUCCAGCCGAGCUUCGGGCGGAGGACUACCGUGGACCACGGAUAGGUUUGCCAGGAAUUGGUCUGCCGUACCAGCACUGA